AUGGAUCGUUCUGCGGACACAAAUCAGACGGUGCACGAAUUGGUCAAAUUGAUCUAUAACAAUCUAGAGAUGGAUGAUAUAUACUGGUUUGUACUUUCUUAUAUCGAACAGAAGUACAAAGCCGAAUUAGAGGAUGUGACAGAUGUCAAUCUUAAACAACAUAUUGUGGAACAACGUCUUUCGUCAUCUUUCGAGGAAUGUGGUAUUAUGGACAACAUUAUGACAAUUUUCAAUGAACUGGGCCUCACAGAUCGUUUGAAGUUACUUGAGGACCAGAAGUCGGCGCUCCAAAGCCAGGUAGAAUCUGUACAGCAACGCAUUGACUUGUUGGUUUCCGAAAUGACAAGUUUACAAAUCAAGUAA